CCGCCGCCGCCAAGCCAUCGCUGCGGAGACACGUCGGCUGGCAAGACCAGUUGCAGUUUUGGCAUAUGACGGCCGUCGACUGGUCGCCGCCGGCUGCUGCUGUGUAUGCCAGCUGGCCAGCCGACUCCGCCUGCCACUGUCGCCACCUGUGCCUGGUGGACCGCGGCUGCGCCGCCGCCGAGCUGGUGCCGGCCGGCGGCGGGCUCCACUGCCGGCUGGCCUCGCGCCGCGGCGGCAGCACCGCCGCCUCUACCGCGCUGGCCGCCUUCGUCAGGAACGGCCGCGCCGCGCUCGGCGAGCACUGCCUGAGUGCCGACGAGUGCUGGCGGGGCGAGCUGGGCGCCUCCUGCCAGCAGGGUGUCUGCGCCUGCGCCUCGCCGCAGCUGACCACGCUCGGCUGCUGCGUCAUCGACGGCUGCAGCCGGCUCCUGGAUCGAGGCAUUAACUCCAGCGGACCGUACGUCAUGACCAUGCGGGGAAUGUCGUCUGCCUGGGUGUUCUGCGACAUGGAGACGGCUGGCGGCGGCUGGACCGUGUUCCAGCGGCGUGGCGACGACACGGAGCAGCUUGACUUCUACCGCGACUGGCAGAGCUACCGCGACGGCUUCGGCAACGUAUCCGGCCAGUUCUGGCUCGGCAACGAACUGCUCCACCGCCUCACUUAUGGCGAGCCACAGGAGCUGCGAAUCGAACUGGAGGACUUUGACGGCGACAAGCGAUUCGCCCGCUACGCGUCCUUCAUCGUGGACAGCGAGGCAGACCAGUACCGAUUGCACCUGGGCAACUUCACCGGCGACGUCGGAGACUCGAUGGCGUACGCCAGCGAACAGCAAUUCAGCACCAAGGACAGGGAUAACGACGCAUCGGCUGGCAUCGACUGCGCAAACCACUUCUUCGGCGGCUGGUGGUAUAAUGCGUGCCACUUGGCGAACCUGAAUGGUAUCUAUCUGCGUGAAAGCACGCCGCCGGCCAAUGAAGACGGCGUCAUUGUCGCGAUUGGCAUGUCAUGGGAAGGCUGGAGAGGUCACUUGUAUUCCCUGAAGCGCACCGAAAUGAAGACCAGGCCGGCGCGCCUGCACUCAGCCCAGCUGGCGAUCCCAUUAACACUUCAGGGGGCUACUACACCGGAUGAUCACGCCUGAGGAGACCCGGAGAUGAAGAUCAAUAAUGUUGGCGUCAAGCUAACAUCAGUUUUGUCAACAAUUUGAUGGGCGGGAUGGUCUCUGACAACAGCGGCAGACAUCAUUGCCGGAGGCCCGGCAGGCCGUGAAGGCGAUGAGGAGCUCCGAUGGCUCUCCAAACGUGAGGCAAACAAAUGUCUACGACUGCAGGCUGCGCUGGUUAGCCCGUCAGCUGUAGUGUGGCCAUUUUAGACCUUGCUGAAUCUGCAGCAUGUUCAUUGCUCUACAUAUUUUAAUCUGUAAAUAUGUAUUGAUGCAAUUCAAAUACAGUUAUCUGCAAAGUCAUCAUGCGCAUACAAGGACACAUGAUGAUUGGUGGUUUUCGGACGUUUCGGCUUCAAAGGCCAUAUCAGGCCCAGCUGCAAGGACACAGAAGCGUGCAUCACAAUACAACAAAUAAGGCUAUGCUGCUUGGUGUGCACGUACUCUCACAUACGAAUACACUCUUGUCAUUUCGCGUGUAUCUGCCGCAGCUGGGAAUACAGCGUGA